AUGUACGGAUCGCAGGCUUGGGCACCACCAUCUACGGUGAUAAAGAGGCUUGAUUGCACGGAACGAAAGCUGCUUAGGCGGCUGCUUGGCUACUUUUGGCCUAGAGUAUGCCACAAUGAGGAUCUUUACGCGGAAAAUGUGCCAUCAAAAAUCGCUACAGAGAAAACGUAUUGGACUGAGAUGGUGAAAGAGGACGUGAGGGUACUCGGCGUGGAUAGGCAGUUCAGAGAUUCCGCUGAAGCAGCUUCAGAUGAAAGUGGGAGAUUGAUGGAAAAUGAUGAUGAUGGUAAUAUACAAAUUGCAGUACCAACUGGAUCGACUCGAGGACGAAUGGGGAGGAGGUUCACAUUAAACCCAAUCAUAUUUGCAAAGGAAGAAAGAGAAGCAAGGAGGCAAUCUCUCGCUCAACUGAAACUUAGCUACUACCCCAAGCAUAUGAAUCCUGAAUCGUACGAUGCUGGUCUUGGAUUCUGCGGUUGGAUCUUUAUGUUCAUUUCGUGGCUUUGUGUCUUUGUGUCGUUUCCGGUUUCUAUUUGCUUCUGUAUAAAGGUAGUGCAAGAAUAUGAAAGAGCAGUUAUUUUCCGCCUCGGCAGGUUGAUUGGAGGCGGAGCAAAAGGUCCAGGUAUUCUGAGCUCAUGUAUUUACGGAAGAUCUGACUGUGUUAGCUUCAUAUGA